CCUACUUCAGUGGCCCUCUUGGUGUCAAAUUUGUAACAACAAAAGCGCGGGAUCAAGCUCAUGUUCGGAGCUUGACUGCUAGGGUUUCAACUCCCAAUCUCCUCCUCCAAUGGCGGCCUCCGCCUCCGCCUCCGCCGUCGAUCUAGCGCCAAACCCUAGCUCCGUCGAUGGCUUGCUCUGGUGGGACUCCUUCAGUCUCUUACUCACCGAGCUCGAGAGCGUUUCCCCUUCCUCGGACCUCCCUCCAUUUCUGGUGAAGAAGGUGAAGGAUAAUCAUGCGUGGUUUGUGGACAUGUUUUCUUUGUUUAAGCCUCCCAACAAGAAGUCGAGGGAGGCUUUGGAUUCUAAGCAAGUGAAAUUUGGAACUCGUCAAUUGACUGUACAGCCUGAGUUGAAGGAGGCUGCUUUGAAAGUCAGCAAUUCGUUGUGUUUAGAUGAGGUGCAGUCAUACCUUCUUGUCGAAAGGUUUGUUGAGCAAAACAAUGUAGCUGUUAAUUUAAUGGUUCAAGAAUUUCUUCAUGUGAUAUUGUUUCAAUACUACAUUGAACGACAGUGCUUGCUGAAGUGUACCAGACAGAUUUUCAUGCAUGCUCUAUAUGUUGGAAGUGGCUCUGAAGAGGGUAAUGCCAUUAGGCAGGAGGCACAAAGCCUGAUUUCUGAUGGAUUAGAGAGCAAAUUAUUAUCUGUCCUCUAUGACCUUCUAUCAUCCAGCCAUCCAGAGCACAUGGAUAUUGACCUAUUCACUUUAUGGGCUGAAGAGACACUUAUUGAAGACAAUUUGAUCUUGGACAUUCUUUUCCUUGCCUAUUAUGAGUCAUUUUGUGUUUGUAAUGGUGCACAGUGGAAAAAAUUGUGCUUGCUUUACAAGGGAAUCAUUUCUGGGUCUUUUAACUUUGGAAAGCUGGCAAUUUCACCUGAAGCAACACAUUCUUUUUAUCACGCUAAAGUUCAGCUGCUACUCAUCCUUAUAGAAACCCUGGACCUGGAAAAUCUUCUUCAAUUGAUUCAUGAUGAAAUGCCUUUCAGGGAGGGUUGCACUUUGUUUUCCUUGACUGAUGUCCAAGAAAUAGAUGCAAUAAUAUCAGGUUUCAAUGCUUUUGAAACAAAGGAAGCAGGCCCACUAAUUCUUACAUGGGCUGUGUUUCUCUGCCUUAUUUCAUCACUUCCUGGAAAACAGGAAAAUAGUGUGCUAAUGGAUAUUGAUCAUGUCGGUUAUGUUCGUCAAGCCUUUGAGGCUGCAUCAUUGAGUUAUUUUCUUGAACUUCUUCAAAGUGACAUAUUGAAGGAUUCAGAUGGACCUGUUGCUGGUUAUAGGAGUGUCUUGAGAACUUUUGUCUCUGCAUUUAUUGCAUCUUAUGAGAUAAAUGUUCAGCUAGAGGACAAUACACUUAAAUUGAUACUGGAUAUUCUUUGCAAAAUUUAUCGAGGAGAGGAAUCUCUCUGCAAUCAGUUCUGGGAUAGGGAGAGUUUUGUUGAUGGUCCUAUUCGGUGUCUUCUUUGCAACUUGGAAGGUGAAUUCCCGAUCAGGACUGUGGAACUUGUUGGCUUUUUAUCAGCUCUUUGUGAAGGAACUUGGCCAGCAGAAUGCGUGUAUAAUUUCCUUGAUAAAUCUGUUGGCAUAUCAUCCUUGUUAGAGAUUACUAGUGAUUCCUUGGUGGAUAACAUUUCUCAGAUUAUUGAAACACGGGUGCCACUGCAUGUUCCUGGGGUUGAAGGAUUAAUUAUUCCUAGUCAAACACGUGGUCAUGUUUUGAAAGUGAUUGAUGGCAAUACUGCUCUAGUACGGUGGGAGUACACACAAUCUGGGGUGUUGGUGUUGCUUCUGCGUUUAGCCCAGAGGUUGUAUUUAGAUUGCAAUGAAGAAGUCCUUGUUACCCUGGAUCUGCUCUGUCGACUGGUAUCCUUUAACACGGCUGUUUCUUUUGCUUUGAUGGACAUUGGAAACUCCCUGCAUGUUCAAGCAACUCGCAUGAAUGCACACAUGGAAAUGCAGGUUAAUAUGGUGGAGAUCAUUUGCACUUUGAUAAGAAAUUUAUCCCCUAAUUGGAGCAGUUCUUCAAUGAUGGCCAUGGGUGUCAGCAUUUUAGAAAAAAUGUUAAAAUGUUCUCCAUCUCAUGUUACAGCCGUGGCUCUGAAGGCAAACAUAUUUGAUUUGGCUUCUAAGACAAGUACAUUUGAAACUCUCUUUACUGGUUCAACAAGUGGAUCAUGGUUGCUUUCUGGGAAACUUGCAAAGAUGCUCUUAAUUGACUGUGAGCAAAAUGACAACUGCUGCCAGUUGACAAUUUCGGUGCUGGAUUUUACCAAACAGCUUGUGGAAACUGGAGAAGAAAAUGAUUUUGCCCUGGCUCUUGUUGUUUUCUCCCUCCAGUAUGUUUUAGUCAAUCAUGAAUACUGGAAAUACAAGGUGAAGCAUGUUCGCUGGAAAGUAACAUUGAAGGUGCUUGAAGUGAUGAAAAAAUGCAUCAUGACAAUCCCAUACUCUCAGAAAGUGGGUGAGAUUGUCCAGGAUAUUUUACUCCGUGAUUCUUCUAUCCACAAUGCACUCUUUCGAAUUAUUUGUACAACUAAACAGGCCUUGGAGAAACUCUACAUGAGCCGUCUUUGUGAAGCAAUGGAGAUUGAAGGAUUAGAACUUGCAAUAUGUUCUGUUUUUGACAUUCUUUUCACUAUGCUAUCCAAGCUUUCAAAGGAUAUUACAUCAAGCCUGCCUGUUUUUGACCAUGCAGUGCUGUCAACUACAACCAAACCCAUUUCUGUUAUUGCAGCUGUGAUAUCCUUGAUAUCAUACUUCCACAAUCCUAGAAUACAAGUGGGUGCUAGUAGAGUACUAUCUAUGUUAUUCAUUAUAGCAGAUUCUUCACAACCAUAUUUAUUUGGGAAUAGAUGCUUCGGUUUGGAUGAUAAACAGAUUACAGAUUUAAGGCAUUCUAUUGAUAAGAUUCUAAGUGACCAGUCUUCUUAUAAUGAAGAUCUCUUUGUUGCUACAGUCAAAUUGCUUACUUCUGCUGCACUUCAUCAGCCUGCUUUUCUUGUUGCCAUAAUUGCUGCCAAAGACAAUCUAGGUUUGAAGCAGCCAGUAAAUGAAGCUUCCUUUGGAACACUGGGGUCUGUCAAAGCAAGUUUGGUAGAUGCACUCUUGCAAGUUAUUGAAAGAUCUGAUGAUCUUAUCAAUAGCAAUCCCCGUUUACUACUGAAUGUGCUUAACUUACUGAAAGCAUUGUGGCAAGGGGCUGCUCAAUAUGCAGAUAUUUUGGAAUGGCUGAAAAACUCUGAAAAGUUCUGGAAACUAUUUUGCAACUCCAUUUCUCUAAUUGCUAGAACGAAAGCUCCCCUGCCUGAAAAUCUUACUGAAAUGGAGGCUCUAAGCUUGGCAUACAAAUACCAGUGUCAAACAGCUGUAUUGGAAAUAAUGGCAGAAGACUUGUUCCUGCAGAAGAAGUUACUGCAUGCUGAAUUUCUUGUAAAACUUGCUGCUGAAUCAUCAAAGGAAAAGACAGGAACUACAGUUGGUUUGGAAAAAUCAAGAUCUGAAAAUUUACACCAUCUUAAGGAUGUUUUGUCAUCCUGGUGUGAGAAUUCAGUGUUGGUUGACCUGAUCAAGUCAUAUGCAUCUUGUCAAUAUGACACUGAAAUAUAUCUCCGUGCAAAGAUUGCUGCCAGUUUAUUCAUUGUGCACGUGAUGGGAAAAUUAGCAACAGGUGAUGCAGGGAGUUUGUCUGUCUCAUUACUUGAAAAGCUACAUAGUAUGAAUAAAAAGCUGGGCAAUCAGCCUGCUUUCUCUGAAUUGUUAUCUCAAUAUUCCCAGCGGGGUUACAGUGAAGGGAAGGAACUGAAUAUUUUAAUACUCAGUGAUCUUUAUUAUCAUCUUCAAGGAGAGCUUAAAGGCCGUAAAAUUGAUCCUGGGCCAUUCAAAGAGCUUGCCCAGUAUCUACUGGAUUCACAAUUUUUGCAAAAUUAUCGACAUGAGUAUGAUGGUGACCUUUUUGCACCUGCUAAAGAUGUUCACUUGUUUGACACCAGUCAUUUACAAGCAGAUUUAGGAUUAGCUAUGUGGGAUCAUUCACAGUGGAAAGCAACUAAAGAAAUUGCAGAAAUAAUGUUGCUUUGCAUGAAGGAAGCUAACUCAAUGGUGUUGCUCACUGGAUCAAAGCUUUGUUCAUUGAAAGCAUUGAUAACCAUCUUGACCAUGUAUGAAGAAGAUUUAAGUGAGAGAAAGACUACAAUAGGUGGGGCGAUCCCUGAGCAACUCAUUCUAUCGUGCAUAGAUCAUGUGUGCCAAUGUUUCCAUGACACACUAGAAUCAUUAGCUCCAGUUCUCGAUGCUCCUGAAGAUAUGCUUGAUUUCCUUGCAGCCCAAGCUGAACUACUUCUCCGUCUCAUUAGAUUUGUAAACAAAAGUCUGCCUUUACCUGUUUGUGUACUUGUUUUAAAAACCUCAGGUCAUGGCCUUAAAGUGUUGGGUAACUUUAAGCCAUCUGUUCCUGGGGUUAGAACAACAAUGAAGCUCUUACUCAUGUUGCUUCUCUCAUCACUUGAGUUCAGCUCUCUCAGUUCACUUUUAGGUGGGUUGUCAGAUAAGAAAUCUGUUGAAGACUUAGCUGAAGCAUCUAGUGUGAGUUUGGGGCUAUUACCUAUUCUCUGCAACUGCAUCGGAACUGCUGAGAAUUGUGUCCUCUCCCUGACAACUAUUGACUUAAUACUGAAAGGCUUCUUGACACCUAACACUUGGUUCCCCAUCAUACAAGAACAUCUCCAGUUGCAGCAUAUUGUUCUGAAACUUCAAGAUAAAAGCUCUCUUGCUUCCAUUCCCAUUAUUUUGAGAUUUCUUUUGACCCUUGCACGAGUGAGAGGAGGUGCUGAGAUGCUUCUUACUGCUGGCUUUUUCUCAUCUCUGAGAGUGUUGUUUGCUGACUUAUCUGCUGGUAGGCCAUUUUCAGUUAUUCAAAAUGGUACAAGUCGCUCCAACUCAUCUGAGAAUUUUGAAAAGCCUCAGCACGUUUGGGGUCUAGGCUUGGCUGUAGUCACAGCAAUUAUUCAUUCUUUGGGAGGCAGUUCCUCGUGUGUCAAUACUGUUGAGAAUGUAAUUCCUUACUUCUUCUCUGAGAAAGCUUAUUUGAUAUCAUAUUAUCUUAAUGCACCAGACUUCCCAUCUGAUGAUCAUGACAAGAAAAGAGCUCGGGCUCAAAGGACAAAGACAUCUCUUGCUGCUCUUAAGGAAACAGAGCAUACUCUAAUGUUAAUGUGCGUGCUAGCAAAGCACUGGAACUCAUGGGUUAAGGCUGUGAAAGAAAUGGAUACAGAGCUAAGGGAGAGAAGUAUUCAUCUUUUGGCCUUCAUUAGCCGGGGAACUCAACGCCAUGGAGAAUCACCCAGCAGGAUUCCACCUCUCUUGUGUCCUCCUAUGCUCAAAGAGGAUUUUGAUUUUUACAAGAAACCAGCAUUUGUUAACAGCAAAAAUGGAUGGUUUGCUCUUUCUCCUCGUGGUUGUUUAUCAAAAUCUAAGUUCUCAUCUGUCUCAAUCAAGUCAACUGCUCUUGUAGUCAAGGAUCAAUCAUCUGAAAAUUUGGAUGUUUCUCAGACACACUUCUCAGAUAUAGUAGCCUUGCAGAUCUAUAGAAUUACAUUUCUUCUAUUGAAAUUUCUCUGUUUACAAGCUGAGGGUGCUGCUAGGAGGGCCGAGGAAGUGGGAUUUGUAGAUCUUGCUCAUUUUCCUGAACUUCCAAUGCCUGAGAUUUUGCACGGCUUACAGGAUCAAGCCAUUGCCAUUGUCACUGAACUCUGUGAGGCCAACAAAUUAAAGAAGAUCGAGCCUGAAGUCCAGAGCACAUGCCUCUUAUUACUGCAAAUAAUGGAAAUGGCCUUGUACUUGGAACAAUGCGUUUCACAGAUCUGUGGAAUCAGACCUGUUUUAGGACGCGUUGAGGAUUUUUCCAAGGAAGUCGUCCUGUUAAUUAGAGCAACGGAGGGACAUUCUUUUUUGAAAGCAGCAGUAAAGUCCUUGAAGCAGAUUAUAUCACUUGUGUAUCCUGGACUAUUACAAACUGAGGGCCUCUUGUGAGCUGUCAGGUGCCCCUGUAGAUCUAGGUGAACUCUGUAGCUGUAAAAACUCAUGUAAAAUGUGUAAAGAUUCCUUUUCCCUUUAUGAAUUUUGGACCCUUUCCCAGCCUUUCUUUUUGUGAUUCCAAUUCAUAAAGAGCUCUUUUCCACAACGAGCAUAUGCCCUCCAGUGGGGUCUGUAAGCUCUCUAGCCACCCAUGAAUCCAUUUCCAGUUGGAGACAUCUUUCUUCAGUCAAACCACUUGCACAGCUUUGUUUUUUUGUAAUAAUUAUUUCCCCUCCAUUAAGG